AUGGGGACAGUUAGAACAAUUAUAAGUGUAGCAGCUUCUAAGGAUUGGAGCCUUUUUCAGAUGGAUGCUAUAAGCAGAGCUCACACUACUAUUAUUUAUUCACUAAGCAUUGUGGUGCUACUGAUUUAUGUGGAUGAUAUACUACUUACAAGGAGCAGUCACAGACUUAUUAAUGAUGCAAAACAAUACUUGUACAGUCAGUUCAAGGUCAAGGACCUAGGGGAGUUGAAGUACUUCCAAUGGAUUGAUGUUUUGAGGUCUCAACAUAGGAUUUUGAUGAAUCAGAGGAAGUAUGCAUUGGAGGUUAUAUUAGAUGUAGGACUAGCAGGAUCCAAACCUGUGCACACACCACUAGAGCCUAAUAUUAAGCUUACCUCAGUGGAGCAUGAUAAAUGUACAGGAGUCCAGGAUGAUCCAUUGUUUAAAGACAUGAGCAGAUAUCAAAAGCCUAUUGGGAAGUUGAUUUACGUAACAAUUACUAGGCCAUACAUUUGUUUUGUUGUUCAGUUGCUAAGCUUGUUCAUGCAGCAUCCUAAGCAAUCACAUUGCAUGGCAGCAUUGAGGGUGAUGAGAUAUGUAAAAGGGUCACCAGGAUUAGGAAUAUUUCUAAGAAAAGGUCCUAUAGAUAACUUGGUGGUGCAUUGUGAUUCAGAUUGGGCUGCUUGUCCCAAUACAAGAAGAUCAGUCACAUGUUUUGUCUUGCAAUUAGGGACUUCAUUGAUUUCUUGGAAGUCCAAGAAGCAACAAACAGUAAGUUGCAGCUCAGUAGAAGAAGAAUAUCGCAGCAUGGCUGCUGCAGUUGCUGAAGUCAUUUGGAUGGUUGGAUUGCUGAAGGACUUAUGUGUGGAAGUGUCAACUCUUAUACAAUUCUAUUGUGAUAGCAAAAACCCUAUGUAG